GUCGCCGUCUACGACGCAACACCGUACAGCCCUCGGCUGCCUGCAGGCAAACAAGGCGAGACCGACUAUGACAGACUGAUCAAUCAAAAACCAUUCUAAACUUAACCAAACGCUUUCAAACAACUAAACAGGCUGUAACAAUAGUGAUAGCAAACGUUGCCUCAACGAAACUGCUUGCGUUUACAAAUUCAACAGGCGCCACAACAUUUCGUGAUUAUGACUAGUGUAAAUAAUCUUUAAAGUUUAAAUAUUAAUGGUUGUCUUGUUUUCUCUACUGUUGUUAUAACGCGUUGUCUGUUCGUCUAUAGACUUGUGUGAGAUCUAAGUGUUCACUUGUAUAAAUAAUGUUGUUUCCCUCGUUGUUGAUCUUGAACUGUAAGUUACCUACGUACGUUCGUAUAGUGACUGUGACAUAAUUCUAUUAUAAUAUGAAUACGAUUAAGUAAAGAUAUAAGAAAUGAUGCUGAGCCCAAAGAUCCAGCGGUCAGUUCGUGUGAACGAUGGUCAGCUGUUAGCCCUGUCUGAUAGGGCGCAGUAUGAUCACUCACAGACUGGCUAUCUUCACAAACGGAGCUCUGACAACACAAAAUGGCAGCUAAGAUGGUUCAUUUUGUAUCAGUUACAAGUGGAUUAUCGUUCCUCGGAGGAGUCUUUGGAGGGAAUAGAUGGAUUAUACAUCUAUUUUAACAAACUACUCCUGCAAAAAGAGGAGUUGGAACAGAAGCAGCUGCACCUCCUGCAGGUGGUGGAAAGUGAGAGGACAUCGAGGUGGCAGUACGCACAGCAGUGUGACGAGCUUGCUAGCGAGGUCAAGAAACUGAGGACUGAGUUGUGUACAUACAAGAAGGAACAUGAGCCGGCAACCCGCGCAGCUUCCACCUCCAGCUCUUCACCCAGCCAUUCACCAGAAAUUGAUCCAGCCGAGCUAAGGAAGAUUAAGAAAGUUCAGAGCUUCUUCCGCGGUUGGCUAUGCCGUCGUCGCUGGAAGCAGAUCGUAGACGAGUACAUCAAGAGUCCUCAUGCUGAGAGCAUGCGCAAACGGAACAGCCUGGUCUUCAAGAUGGUGGAGGCUGAAGAGGAAUAUCUUGAGCAAAUGGAGAUAUUGAUCCCGCGCUACAUAAUAACGCUGCACGAGCUGCUGGCGCACACGCCGCACGACCACGUGGAGCGCCGCAGUCUGCAGCACGCGCGCGCGCAGCUCGAGGAACUCUCGCGCCAGAUGCACGACGAGGUCAGUGAAACUGAGAACUUGCGCAAGAACUUGGCCGUGGAGCGCAUGAUCAUCGAAGGCUGUGACAUUCUACUCGAUGUCAAUCAAGUCUUCAUACGCCAAGGAACCCUAUCCCAGGUAGUGGGCAAGGGGCGGCGCGCCACGCUGCAGGCGCGGCAGGCGUUCCUGUUCAGCAACCACCUGCUGCUGACGACGCGCGCGGCGGGCGGCCGCCUGCACCUGCCGCCCGCCGCGCGCCUGCCGCUGCACGACGCGCUGCUCAUUGAGGACCCCGCUAAUCAUGAUGAUGAUGACACGACGUCCGUGUGUUCUUCGCCUGGUGGUGACAUCUACCAGGGCAAAGACUUCAAGAUUCUGGUCGAAGUCAAAGGAGAACAGAUUUGUGCUCAUUUGGUUGCUGGGAGCGUGGAGGAGAAAGCAGGUUGGACAAGCGAGCUAGCGCAGUGCAUGGAGAGCGCAGCCCUCACGGAAUUGCUCCGAGCUUGCGGCGCGUGCGGGGCCGCGUCGGCCAGCCUGCCUGCCUGCCGCUCGGACCGCGCGCUGUUCACGGACGAUGUCGACAUUCGGUUCAGCAGGACCCUCAACUCCUGCAAGGUGCCGCAGAUCAGAUCUGCCACGCCACAGCGGUUGCUGCAGAGGCUUACAGAUCUUCGUUUCCUAUCGGUGGAUUUCUUGAACACGUUCCUGCUGACGUACCGCGUCUUCACCGAUGGUGUAACUGUAUUGGAGGCUCUGAAGCAAGUCUUCUACGAACAGUCACAGCAGGAGAUGGAACUGGCGCCACCACCAGACGCAACAAGGAAGACCAGCGCCGCAAGCUCUGUUUCUGGGUACGGGUCGGAAUACAGCGACCGGGACUGGCAGUCCAGAUUUUGGCGCGCUUCGAGAAAAAGUGAAGAUGAAGAUAAGCUGUCUCCUUAUUUGACGGCUCCAUCACGAAGAACUUCUACGGCUAGUAAGACUGAGGAGGAUAACAGUCAUUUGACGAUACCAAAGAUAAUGGCCACGUCGUCAAGUAAUGAGACGUUGAAAGGUACCUCACCAUCUUCACCAGGUGCGAUAAGCUCAGUCACCUUAGUAGGAAGUCCAAAGAAGGCCAGUCCCGUCCAAGAACCGACUCCUAAGAAGAAACCAGCUCCCAAAGACAAUGAUGCAGCUGCAGCGCUCAUGAAAGAUGAGAGCAUAGAAAUGGUAGACCAAAGUGAUGAAGAUGUAAAAUAUAAAGAGGAAGAACAAGAGAAGAAUAAAAAGAAACCAGAUGAUAAGUUUAAAAUAUCACAAAGAUUCUCAGAGCGUGUGCGUACCAUGUCGGAGUCCCCUCGACGUCUGCAGCCGUCUUCGGCAGCUUCCGAAGCUAGGCGCAGGUCGGACAGCGCCAGGGAGACUGCCGAGGCUGCUACUGCAGAAGAACCGAGGAGGGCAUCUGAUUCUGGCACUAGAUUUGCUGCUAGAAGAUCUGUGAGCGAGCGCCGGUACACCAACUCAUCGAUCAACAGCGAGCGCCGCAGGUAUUGGGGUGGUUCCGAGCCAAGAUCCUCCGUCACUUCUCAAGUGUCCCAUGCACAGAAUUAUCGACGCGAGACGAGCCAACCGAAAGCGGGCGUUGUGAUCACAUCGUUCAGGCAAUCUCAUCGGAGCUUUGGAAAAGACCUGUUGUGGAGUAGCACGUCUACUGCAGCGGUGGCUUUUGCUGUAGCUACAUCAGCUUCGUCUAACCCAAGAUCUCCACCACCCAAUUCACCACCAGCUACCAGAAGGGACUCUGUUAUAUCUACUGCUGCGACCAUGAGAGUCCUGAACGUUUUGAGGCACUGGAUUUCUAAGCAUUCUCACGAUUUCUGGUCUGAUGAGCGUCUUCGGGGUCUGACAAUGGAUUUCCUGAAAGAAAUUGAAAGUAGCCCUGGAUUAUUACCGGCUGAACAUAAGGCUGCAGCUCAGCUGUUGCGGCUUUUAGAAAGAGCUCCAGAAAGAACAGUGGAUUUGAAGGCGCUGUUUAUACCACCUCACGUGCCAACAAAAGAGAGCGUAGAGACGCUAUCUGCCCUGGAAAUAGCAGAACAAAUGACGUAUUUGGACUACCAAAUCUUUAGUUCGAUUAACAGCGAGGAGUUCUUAGGACAAGCUUGGACGAAAGCAGACAAAGCCGAAAGGGCACCUCAUAUCCUCAUGAUGACGUCACAUUUCAAUCACAUCUCCAACUUGGUCAUCUCUGAAAUUCUAAAGAAGUAUACUUUAGCUGGUCGUGUAGCAGCUAUAGAGAAAUGGGCAGCAGUAGCAGAUAUAGCUCGUUGUCUGCACAACUUUAAUGGAGUGCUGCAAGUAUGCGCAGCUCUGUCCAACACCUCGGUCUACAGACUGAAGAAGACUUGGGAGAAAGUCUCCAAGACUAGUAAACAAACUAUAGAACGCAUGCAGACUAUUAUAUCUUCGGAAUGCCGAUUUAGGAUUUUACGAGACGCUUUGCACAGAUGUGAUCCUCCUUGCAUUCCAUACUUGGGAAUGUAUCUCUCCGAUUUGUCCUUCAUCGAAGAAGGAACCACGAACUACACACCUGAUGGACUACUGAACUUCUCCAAGAUGAGAAUGAUAGCACACGUGAUCCGAGAAAUACGAAACUUUCAGCAAACCCCGUACAAGAUUGAUCACAUACCAAAAGUAUGUGACUUCCUACUGGACAACUCGCUGGUGAUCCCUGAGGAGCGGCAGUACACGCUGAGCUUGGAGCUGGAGCCGCGCGUGUCGCGCGGGUCGGGCGCGGGGCUGCCAGCGGGCGCGUCGCCGGGCUCCUAGCGCCGGCGCCGCGCCUCCCUGGCCGCGCUGGCGCCGCUGCGCAACGACCGCUAAGCGGACCGGGGGAGUCGCACGCAAGCUUCUGCUACACCUACAUUACGUACGUUAUAUACUUUCACUCCUAUGUGUCUAGUUUCAAGUGAUUUGCGAGAACAAUGCUUAUUAACUUUCGUAGUUAAGUUCUUAACGUAAGCUGUGUUGCGAGUGGUAUCUUUAAUUCUCAUAGAAUUAGUUGUACAACAGUUUUUGAUUGUAUCAUAGUAAUACAGAUGAAGGCUUUUGGUGUCAUCGAAGCCAUACUAUUCAUGUAUCAGGGAUAAAUUGUAACUUUACCAACCAAUGAGCAAUAUAAUCCAUCUAAUGGAACAGUCUUACAGAUUAGGCAGCAUAUCAUGAAAUGAAUCAAAGUUUAGAUUUACUAUAUGUACUAGUAUAACUUGUGUAGACUUUAGUUUAUCUUAGUACAUAGUUAUAUUUUUUAGAAGUCAUAACUAAGUUUAGCUUCUUAUACCGAAUAAAUUCCUUCAAUAGUUUGUGAACAAUAGUGAUUGACGAAUUAUAUAUUC